UUUUUUUGUUUUCUUUACUAGAUAUGGGUAGACUUGUUCGUAUCGAAGUUGAAAACUUCAAAUCAUACAAGGGUCAUCAAACCAUUGGUCCUUUUCAUCAAUUUACAAGUGUCAUUGGUCCUAAUGGUUCUGGUAAAUCAAAUCUUAUGGAUGCCAUUUCAUUUGUACUUGGUGUUCAUUCAAGCCAUCUACGUUCUCAAAACUUAAAGGAUAUGAUUUAUCGUUCUGAAGCAUUACGCCAAGACGAUGAUGUACAUUCAACAACUCACACAACUCGUUCCCCUCGAAAGGCUUCAGUAACAGCUGUUUAUGAAAAUAAUCAAGGUCGUGAGGUUCGAUUCAUUCGUACAAUUAAUCAUAAUGGACUUUCUGAGUAUCGUAUUAAUGAUAAAGUGGUUCAAUACAGUCAAUAUAAUGCAGAACUUGAAAAGGAGAAUAUUCUUGUAAAAGCAAAGAAUUUUUUGGUCUUUCAAGGUGAUGUUGAAUCUGUAGCUAGUCAAAAUCCUAAAGAUUUGACUCGACUGAUUGAACAAAUUAGUGGUUCAUGGGAAUAUAGAGAUGAAUACGAUGAGUUGAAGCAGAAAAUGGAAGAAGCUAUAGAGAAUAGUGCUCAUACAUUUAAUAGAAAGCGUAGUGUAGCCUCUGAGAUUAAACAAUAUGAAGAACAAAAGGCAGAAGCUGAAAAAUUUGAAGAACUUGUGGCUAAUAAACGCAACUUGCUGAUUCAGUAUUUGCUUUGGAAACUUUAUCAUAUUGAACAGAAAUCAAAGACAUUAGAAGAAGAAGGCACGACAAAGAACAUGAAUAAAGAUAAUCUUCAAUACGAAGUAGCUGAAUUGGAAAAUAGUUUCAAGAAGGCUAGAGAGGAUAAAGCACUUAUUCACAGAGAAAAGAUUAAAUGUGAAUUACAUAUUCGUAAAAUUAAUCGUGAAAUAGAUGAACAGCUUCCUACCUCUAUUAGUUACAAGGAAAAGAUAAGUCAUUUGGAAAAGAAAAUAAAACAUACUGAACAAAGUAUUGAACGAGUUAAACGUGAUGGCCAGCAACAAGAACAAGUUGUUAGUUCACUUGAAAAGGAUUUACAAUUAUUGGAUUAUGCUGAGCAACAAUUUAAUAACUCUAUUCCUACUUCAGGUUUAACAAAUGGACCUACUUUAACCGGUGCACAACUGAUGGAUUAUGAGAGAAGAAAGCAAGAAGUAAGCAUAAAGGCAGUUGAGGAACAGCAUCAAUUGCAACAACUUCAACGUCAACAUCGUACUGAAAAACAACGUAUGGACGACAAGAAGUCUAAAAUGGAUCAACUUCGAGAAGCUGAAUCAAAGGCACUUGAUGACUUGCGUCAAGCCAAUGAGGAAAAGUCAGCGUUAACAUUAGAUGCUGAAAGCCUUAGUGAGCAAUUAAAUGUACGUCAAGCAGAGUUGAAAAAACUUGAACUUGAACGUAUUGCUAUUCAUCAACGUGAGGUUGAAUUAAACGAAAAGCUUCAAGUAGUUUUAAAUAAAUUGAUGGAAGCUAGUGUUACUCAACAAGAAUCAGAAAAAGAUAUCAAAUUCAAUGAAAGUGUUACUGUAUUAAAGCAAAUUUAUCCAAAUGUUCAUGGCAAAUUAUCUGAUUUAUGUAGACCUAAUCAACGUAAGUAUGACACAGCUGUUGCGACUGUAUUGGGUAGAAAUAUGGAUGCGAUUGUUGUUGAAGAUGAGCAAACUGCUACUGAAUGUAUUCAAUACAUGAGAGAGCAACAUAUUGGUACAGCUACCUUUUUACCUAUGCAUUCUUUAUCAUUACCUCCUAUCAAUGAUCGUUAUCGUAAUUUGGUUAAAGGUUCUCGUUUAGCAUUUGAUGUAAUGAAGUUUGAUAAACAAUAUGAGAAUGUGGUUCAAUAUGCAUGUGGUAGUACCCUGAUCUGUGAUAAUCUUAACAUUGCAAAGCAUAUUUGUUAUGAAAUGAAUGAAAAUGUUAGAGCUGUUACUUUGGAUGGCGCAGUUAUUCAUCAAAAUGGUUUAAUGACAGGUGGUCAGAGUAGUGUGCAAUCAACAAAGAAAUGGCAACAAAGUGAAAUUGAUGAAUUAAUGCGUGAAAGAAACAAGUAUUUGACAGAGUUAAAUAAUAUCAGUAAAAAUAAACGUAUGGGUAGUGCUGAGGAUUCUGCUAGAAAUGACUGCUCUAGCUUUGCCAGUCAAUUGAAUACAUUAAAUGAAGAACUUACUACCCUCACAAGAAGAAUUGAAGGUCUUCAGGGCACCAUUGAAGAUACUCGUAGAAAGCUAACUGAAGCUAUCCAACCCUAUGAGCAAUCAAAAGCAACAUUAGAUCAAUUAGAAGCUAACAUAAAGACGAUUGAAGCACAAAUUCAUCAAGUAGAAGAUCAUAUCUUUGAAGAUUUUUGUGCACAAAUUAACGUUAUUAACAUUCGUGAAUAUGAAGCUUCACAAUUCGGUGUUUCUGAUGAAGUCACAGAACGUCGUGCACAAUUUACAACACAACGAUCCCGUCUUGAUACACAACUUACAUUUGAAAAGGAGCAACUAGGUGAAUUAGUGGAACGUUUAAGAAAAUUAGAAGCUAGUUUGGAAGCUGACAAGAAUGCCAAGUCUAAACUUGAAGCCGACUUGGCUGGAAUGGCUGGAAAGACAGAGAAUUUAAAAACUAAAUUGCAAUCCUAUCAAGUUGAUUUAGAGAAACAAACUAAAUUGGAAGAAAAGAAGCAGGUUGAUAUUAAUGACAUAAGUCGUGCUUUAGAAGCUAAGGGUAGAAAUGUAGAUGAAAUUUUGAGAGAGUAUCGAGCGAUUGAAAGUGAGAUUAACAAGGUACAAGCUGAGCGUAUUGCAAUUUUUAGAAAAUGCAAGUUAGAAGGUAUCCAUUUACCUUUGAGUCGUGGUUCUAUGGAUGAUAUUAUUAUUGAAGAUACAAGAGGAGAUGCUAUAGCAAAUGCAAAUAUGGAUACAGAUGCAUCAUCUGUCUCAGAGACUUCGUCUGUGACAGAUGAUCAUAAUUCAAUGGAAUAUACAAGUAGUUCUGAUAUGGAUCUUGAUGCACCUACAUCCCAACUUUCUAUUCAAUCCACUGAUUGGGAAGUUGAAGUUGAUUUCUCACAAGUAGGAGACAAUCAACGUGAAGAUGAUAGUCCAGCCAUGGAUCGUCAAUUCCAAGAUAAGAUUAAGCAAUAUACAGAUGAAAUUGAGCAGAUGGCACCUAAUAUGAAAGCUAUUGAUCGAUUAGAGGGAGUUACAGAAAGGCUGAAAGUUGCAGAGCAAGAGUUUAAUAGUGCUAGAGCCAUUGCUAAAACAGCUAAAGAACAAUUCAAUGCAAUUAAGCAAAAGAGAUACUCUUUAUUCUAUGAUGCAUUUAGUCAUAUCUCUGAAAAGAUUGAUACUGUUUAUAAAGAUUUAACAAAGAAUCCCACAUUCCCCUUAGGCGGUACAGCUUAUUUAAGUAUGGAAGAUUCUGAUGAGCCUUAUCUUGAAGGUAUAAAAUAUCAUGCUAUGCCACCUAUGAAACGAUUUAGAGAUAUGGAGCAAUUAUCAGGGGGAGAAAAGAGUGUGGCGGCCUUAGCAUUAUUGUUUGCUAUUCAUAGUUAUAAGCCUUCACCCUUCUUUGUAUUGGAUGAAGUUGAUGCAGCACUUGAUAAUACAAACGUAACCACUGUAGCUACCUAUAUUCGCGAGCAUGCUACACCCAACUUUCAAUUUAUUGUUAUUUCGCUUAAGCAUCGAUUAUAUGAAAAGGCGCAGAGUUUAGUUGGUAUUUAUCGUGAUCAAGAAAUUAAUUCCAGUAAAACAAUGACUUUAAUGUUGGACCAAUACCAAAAUUAAUAUCAAAUACAUUCAAACAUAAAUAAAUUUAAGCCGGAAAAAUAGUUAUAAUUAUUGAAAGAAAAGCAAACUCCUUGAG